AUGCCCCCCGGUGAACUUCCGGCCAGCCUGGUCGCAGGCAAGCCGACCCCCACGGUGAACACCUCAGGAUACGGAAGUGGUUACCAGAAAAACACACCCACCUCCCCCGAAGACAGCUUGAUCCCAUUCGAUUCGCCCACCACGCGCACUGGAGGAAAUCACAGCCCACUCGGUCAAGAUGAUCGCGCAGGUAGGGGUUUGGAGCCAGAGCAGCCCGGCUAUCGUGAUCGUUCCAAUGCUCGCGAUCGAUCGCGCCCCAAUGGUAGACCUAACAAAUCACCAAGCUCGUCACGGCUUUGCCAGAAGUGUAAUGAGCCUUUGACCGGCCAAUUCGUUCGAGCGCUUGGUGGCACAUUUCAUCUGGAAUGUUUCAAAUGCGACGAUUGCGGUGAAAUUGUCGCGUCCAAGUUCUUCCCCGUCGACUCCGAAGAUGGCAAUUGUCAAUUCCCUCUUUGCGAAAAGGACUACUUCCGUCGGUUGGGUCUCCUUUGUCAUGAGUGUGGCGGCGCGCUCCGUGGCUCGUAUAUUACAGCCUUGGAACGCAAAUAUCACAUUGAGCAUUUCACCUGCUCUGUAUGCCCCACGGUAUUUGGCGCACAAGAUUCAUACUACGAGCACGAAGGAAAAGUCUAUUGUCACUUCCAUUACUCAACUCAGUUCGCCCAACGUUGUCAUGGCUGCCAUACGGCAAUUCUCAAGCAAUUCGUUGAGAUUUUCCGCAACGGCCAAAAUCAGCACUGGCACCCCGAGUGUUACAUGAUCCAUAAGUUCUGGAAUGUCCGACUCUCCCCCACUGGUCAGACGUGGGAGCCGCCACCAGUAGAUCUCGACGCGACCCCUGAAGAGCGUGAGCAUAUCCGCCAGGAGGAAGAUACGAUGGAGGAGAAGGUCUACAACAUUUGGAGCACUCUCUCCACCUUUGAAGAAUCCUCGGCGGCAUGCAUCUCCGACAUGCUCCUCCAUGUGAGCAACGGGGCUUAUAUUGACGGUGUCCUCGUAGCCAAGAGGUUCAUUGCCCAUGUUGAAGUUCUUUUCUCUGCAGUCGACCAAUUGGCUGUAUUCAUUAAAACGCAGGGCGUCAAGGAAUUAUCCUACGGCCGCGAGGCUAAACUUCUUUGCAAGAAGAUUGUUGCAUUCUUUGCGUUGUUGUCCAAGACCCAAGAGACCGGAGUUCGGAAGCUUGGUGUCACUCAAGAGCUACUUUCCCUGGUUACCGGUCUUGCUCAUUAUCUCAAGCUUCUUAUUCGUAUCGGCCUCCAGGGUGCUCUCAAACUCGAACGCGAGAAGUCGGCGCCUGAUGGCUUACAUGAUUUCUUGACACACUUAUCAGAGACCGAAGGGCUUGCUCCGCCCGAGGAUGAAAACGAACCGGUUGAUCUGACGGCUGGAGUUGAGGGUCUAGCCGAUCAAUUCUCAGAUUGUUGCAUUUCCUGCAAACAGCCUAUCGACGACGAAUGUGUCCUAUUUGGAGAGAACCGAUGGCAUCUUAAGCCGCCUCAUCUGUCAUGUUCCUCCUGUGACAAGGAUUUGACCGCUAACCUGGCCGACGCCUUGUGGUGCGCAGAUGAGAAGCGCACAUACUGCACGGCAUGUGCCCACCAACAAAACCUGGACUCGAGUGUUCAGGGUGGCUUCAUUGAAGUUUCAAAGUUGCAGCAAUUUGUCUUCCUUCUGAGAGUCGCCCUCGCCCGACUUCUGGCCGUUCUUCGUGCUGGGGGAACUCUUCCACACACUUCGGAUGAUCCUAAUCUCAAAGAUUACGAUAACAAGGAGAGCUUCCGGGUUCAGCCCGGUGAAUUCCGACGGUCUAACACUCGCUCUCAAUCUUAUAGCGGCGGCAAUCGAGACAGUAUCCAAGAGUCAUCCCUCGAACAGACCGUUGGGGAGAUGCGGCGUCUGCGUUCGAUCCGCAAUGAGCGAACUUUAUCCACGACGUAUAAGAGAGCACGCGCAUCUCGAAUCAUCGACGGCCCCGAGGGUCGAAGUGCGACUCGACCUGGUUCGUCUGGAAAUGAUGGUAGCGGCCCUCGUGGUCCGGGCUUCCAGAUUGUUGAGGAGAAAGAUGCCAAUGGCGAAAUGGUUAAAGACUUGACAUUCGGUGCACAGGAUGCUCUAACUCUGGAUGACAUCCCUCGAAUUGUCGCAGCCGAACAGGCCAAGGAGCAGCGACCGAAUGCCUAUCGACAUGCGGGCACCAAGCUCGUGGAUGCCCGUGAACCAAUGCCCAGGUACAGAACCGGACAUCAACGUGGUCUAUCCGGAGCAGGACUGGACAUGAUUGUGGAGCCCACGUCUCGCACCAAGCGAUACUUCUCUGAGCUUACCGCGUUGGAGUACUUCAUUGUUCGCCACGUCGCCGUCCUGUGCAUGGAGCCAUUGUUGGAAGGCCAAUUCAACAUGGAAGAGCUGCUCUCGCUCAUUGAGUCUCGCAAGCCGACCAUCUGGAACAUCUUCGGUCGUGCCUUUAAGGAAAACAAAAAGACUGGCAAGAAGAAGGGAGUCUUUGGUGUUUCUCUUGAUUACUUGGUUGAGAAAGAAGGUACCGAGUCUAGCCAUGGCGUUGGUCCUGGAGCUUUGCGCAUUCCCGCCCUUGUGGAUGACGCUGUCUCUGCCAUGCGCCAAAUGGACAUGUCCGUGGAGGGUGUCUUCCGAAAGAACGGUAACAUUCGACGACUCAAGGAUAUCUCGGAACUGAUUGACACCAAAUAUGACCAAGUGGACAUGACUAAGGAGGGCCCUGUACAGAUCGCAGCACUUUUGAAGAAGUUCCUUCGUGAAAUGCCCGACCCGCUCAUGACCUUCAAACUGCACCGCCUCUUUGUUGCGGCGCAAAAGCUAUCCGACCCCGAGAAGCAAAAACGUGUGCUUCAUUUGACCUGCUGUCUUCUCCCAAAGGCCCAUCGUGAUACGAUGGAGGUUCUCUUCACAUUCCUCAACUGGACUUCAUCUUUCUCCCACGUGGAUGAGGAGUCUGGAAGCAAGAUGGAUAUCCACAACCUCGCGACUGUCAUGACACCUAACAUUUUGUAUCCCAACACCAAAAACAGUACGGUGGACGAAAGCUUUAUGGCCAUUGAGGCGGUCAAUGCGCUCAUAACGUAUAACGACACUAUGUGCGAGAUCCCGGAGGAUUUGCAAUCUGUCCUCAGCGAUCCCACUCUCUUCAAGGAAAACAGCGAAGUGACGACAAAGGAAAUCUUGAAGCGGUACGGAGAUAUUGCUCGGGGAAGCUUCAGACCUGAGAACGGCGGCGAGACAUUCACCAUCACCCCCUCCAACCGCAAUAACCAAAACACGCCAACCUCCGCACGUAUCGAAACCGACCCUUCCCAGGACGCGGCCUGGCAAAUGCAAAGCUCAGUGCGUCAUGUUGCCGGACCCAGUGGCCACUCUCACUCCACCAGCGACUAUGGGGCGCCGCAACCGGCCUAUCGUCGUGAACGCAGUGCCAGCAACGGUAGCAGUCAACAAAAUGCGACCGAUAGCCAAGGGCAGAACCUUCCAUACCGACCUCGUCCAAGUCCAGGUGCCGUUACUGGGUAG